UAGGCAGUCUUGCGAACUCCCGUCUCCGGGCUAAUACGUAAGGUGAGGUAGGCUUGGCAGUGAGAAGCUGGAAAGUAUGCAAAGUGUCUAUACAGUACCUCAACGGCGUCCCUAUCAUCGUCGCUCCCGCUUGAAUGGCCAUCGUUGGUGCGGGAGCUAGGCCUGCGGGCGUUUGUAGUCGCCAUCUCCAUCUCUCUUUCUCUCUCUCUUUUUCUUUCUUCUUUCUUUCUUUCCCUUUUUCGGUCAGCAGCUGUGACGCAGUUGAUGACGUUCCGGUCAGUGGACCUCAGGGCCGUUUGUUAGUCGGCUGUGGGUUCCGGUGUAGCGUCACUUUAGGGUAUAGACUCUUCGCUCUUUCUUCUCCGUUGAUGUGCGGGUUCUCCAGCUGGCGAUGUGGCUUGCCGUGCGAGCUGUGUUCACAAUGUGCGCUACGUAAGGUAAUCAGGGCAUGUUCCUGAGACGAGCAACUUCAAGGUUCCCUUGUCCUCAUUGAACUCUCUCUACGUGCUCUGAGGCGCUGAGCCCAAAGGAAAAGGUACCUCUCGUUUGCGGGGCUAUACUAAACGCUUUGCGGCCAGCGGC